AUGAGUGAAGAGGCGGAGGAGAGGCUGUAUGACGUGGUCCUGUUCGGAUCUACGGGGUUCACGGGCAAAUUUGUGGCCGAAGAACUGUACCGCGUACAGUGCGAGGUCCGCCGCUCCCUGCGCUGGGCGGCCGCGGGCAGGAGCGAAGACAAGGUCCAGUCUUAUCUGGAGGCGUCUGGGAUAGAGGGUAUUGACGUCAUAGCUGCAGACGUGACAGACGAUGCGUCGCUGGAGGAGAUGUGCUCAAAAGCAACUGUUCUUAUCAGCUGUGUUGGUCCGUAUCAGUUGUAUGGGGAGCCGGUGAUCAGAGCCUGCAUCAAGACCAAGUGUCACUAUGUCGACAUCACAGGAGAGCCUUACUUCAUGGAGAAGAUGAGACAGGAGUAUUCCGAGGCGGCGAGGGAGGCCGGCGUCCUCCUCGUCUCUGCCUGUGGGUUUGACUCCAUUCCCAACGACCUGGGAGCUCUCUAUGUCCAGAGACAGUUCCACGGAGAACUGGCCUACCUCGACAGCUACGUCACCACCACAGCCACAUGUUUCCACACUGGCACGUGGGAGUCAUUCCUCCGCAGCAUCAAGAGCCACCGACAGCUGCAAGCUCUCCGCCGGACAAAAUCCGAGGAGCCGCUGCCACUCCCACUUUACAAGAUGCCAAAUAAGGGUGUGCUGUUUUACAGCGACGUGAUGAAGAAAUGGGCCUUGCCUUUUCCGGGAGCCGACAAGGCAGUGGUUUAUCGAAGUCUGAAGUAUCGGUAUGAAGUAGAGGGUGCUGCCCCAGUAAGUCCCCAUUAUCUACUGCAUAUAUAUAUACAUCACAUGGUAUUUUCUACGUGUUGUAAAGUUUUUGUGUGGUGAAAAAUUCAUGAGUCUCCUAACAUGUGAGAACCUCCCCCAUGCAACCUUCAAGGUGCGUACGUUCUUUGGAGUGAAGAGCCUGGUGCAGCUGCUGGGGAUGGCGUUCUUCUUCAUGAUGAUCCUCCUCUUCCUUUUCAUCCCGUACGGCCUCUCCCUCCUCCUCAUGUUUCCAGCGUUCUUCAGUGGCGGCAUGGCAUCGAGGAAGGGCCCGUCCAAAGAAAGUUUGGAGAAAGCGACGUUCACAGUCACAUUUGAAGCAUUUGGGUACAGUCCCAGCUCGGCUGAUAGAUCUAAAGCUCCCGAUACCAAGAUGGUUGUCAAGUUACGUGGUGCAGAGCCGGGGUACGUGGCGACGUCGGCCAUGUUGGUGCAGUCAGCACUGUGUAUGGUGUACGAGAGGGAUGCCAUGCCUGAAGGAGGCUACCUCACACCAAGUGUUGCAUUAGGAGAGACUGACAUCAUAAAGAAUCUCGAAGACACUGGAAAAUUCAAGAUCGAGCUGGUCGAGUCUUCCUAGUCAACAACCGGAGAAAAACCAUGUAUUUUCUUAACAAGUGUGUUUUGUUGUAUACCUUUUAUAAGUGAUGUGCAAUAACCAGUAUCAUUAUUGAUACGUUCAGUUUGAUACAAGUAUAAUUAUUGAUACAUUAUCAUUGGAGGUUAAUUGAAUUUCAAAACUAUAAAGAAUGGUCGUUUGGGAGCAUGCAUGAUUGGAAUUACAUGAUUAUCGAGUGUUUGAUUUUCCUAAUGAAAUCCUCUGUUGCUACGAGCGACGGAGAGUCCAGGUAAGACGCACCUACUCCUAUGCCUCCUUCAUUCACUGCCACCGGCUUGGUUCUGAGGCAGUGACCAGCUGCCGUGUUCAGCACAACCUUCUCACCUCUCCUAACAUAUGUUCCGUAGAUUCCCAGUUCGCUGAUCACAGGUUCUCGUUCCAGUUCCAAAACACGUGGAUGUGGUCUCAGAAUCAGACCCAUCUGGGGUGGGGGGUGAACCCUGUCCAUUAAAAUGUAAGCCUCCCUCUCCGGCGUAUCCCUUAUCUCUUCCAUCUUCACACGGACAUCGUUUCCAUAGUAAUUAUUCCCUGUGUAAUUGCAAAUACUUUGUGUAAAAGUCGUGUACUAGCCGUGUAACAAUCUUGUCAUCACAGCUGAAAGUACAGAAGAUCAUGUUUAAUGACCACACGUGUCGUUAACAAUAUUUAUUUUGUCGACUUUGUGUUUGAUUGUUUGGCAGAGACGAGCAAGCGAUGCACAACUGUGCAUUCGGACAUGAAAACAUGUCAUGUUCGCUCGCUCGCGUCAUCUCAACCGACGUGAGAUCGCAAACACACACACACACAUCAGAGGCAACGUGAUGUAGUGUUGCCAUGGCA